AUGUUUAUUGGAAACGUUGACGUUAAAUUGGCAAAGGUUUUAGAAAAACGUAUGCAAAGAAAGAUCAAAUCGAUAAAGCAGCUAGGGGACCAAAGCGAUCCAGAGAAAUCGGAGCUUGUAGGAAAAGUUACUGUUCUAGAUGCAACUUUCUCGCAGGUAGAAGAAAAUAUGUAUGAAAGUUCAUCAACAAGCGAAAUUGAUUUUCAAAUAGAUGGUCCAUCAACUUCAAAAGCAAGACAAACAGACCUUCGAGGAGUGGAUUUUAGAAAUUUGGCAGAGGCUUGCGAUCGAACUGGAGUUUCCGAUAGACGUGCUUCUUUUUUGGCAAAUGUCGUCUUGCAAGAUCUCGGCAUUGUCAGCCCGAUUGGAAAGCUUCUUCCAACAUGUCAGAACCUUCCAGUAGUAAAGUUCGAAAAAAUUGAUGGCGAAGUACCGGAGUUCGACCUAAAUGACACCAGUACCGAUCAAGUUUACUUUUAUGAAAUGUGUUCUGUAAUCGCAAAGGGUGAUGUACCCCCAAAUUUGUCAAAGCGUUAUCCGGGAAAAAUGGCACAUGCAAGAUGGCUGACAACGGCAAAUAGGAUCUUGAGACUUUAUGUAGCUUCUGAACAGCCUUCAAACGAAUUGAAAACAAUAACGGAAUUUAUAUUGAAAGUUUAUGCUCCUGUUUGGUUUGAUAUUAAAGUGAGAUCAUCGUGUACUGAAGGCUCCAGGCAUUUAUUCUCUCUGAUAAGAAGAUCGAGAUAUCUUCCGGCUGCAGUUAAAGAUGUGAUUGAUCCUGUCAUACAGAGGAAUGCAUUUUUUGCUCAUAAAGAAAAUAUUUUAUUGUCAAUGCUUACAGAUGACCGAAAGCCUAUGAGAGAACUUGCGCUGAAAAGAAUUCUGUAA